GACCUAUUAGCACCAUUCUACGUUGGCUUUACUGCAGUUUUGCAUGUGAUUUUGAGGGUGCUCCAAAGCCAGCGAGAAAGAGCUAGCUAGAGUUUUUUGUUUCACCCCGCUUGUGCUUCUUUCAUCUUCUGUUUCCGUUUGUUCAUUUUGAAGAGAUAGCUCUCAUGGGUAUUAACCACCAUCAAUGGGGUGUUGUAUUUGGCGUCUUAGGUAAUGUCAUCUCCAUUCUGGUCUAUCUUGCCCCUGUGCCAACGUUUUAUCGAAUUUUCAAAAAGAAAUCAACCGAGAGUUUCCAAUCCUUGCCUUAUCUGGUAGCGUUGUUCAGUUCGAUGCUAUGGCUCUACUAUGCAUUAGUUAAAGGAAAUGCCUUUCUUCUCAUCACUAUCAACUCCUUUGGAUGUUUUGUGGAGACCGUUUACAUCAUUAUGUACCUUGCCUAUGCGCCAAAAGACGGAAGGAAAUCAACCAUCAGAAUAUUUGCUUUAAUGAACUUGGGAGCCUUCUUUUCUAUCCUUAUUGUUUCUCACUAUCUCAUUCAUGGUGAUACCCGGAUCAAAGUUCUUGGUUGGGUUUGCGUUGCCUUCUCUGUUAGUGUUUUUGCAGCACCAUUGAGCAUUGUGGCACAAGUUAUCCGAACCAAAAGUGUCGAGUUCAUGCCAUUCAACUUAUCGUUCUUCCUUACGUUGAGCGCAAUUAUGUGGUUCGGUUAUGGCCUUUUUCAGAAGGAUAUUUGCAUAGCAAUCCCAAACGUCUUGGGUUUCAUCUUGGGGUUGCUCCAGAUGAUCCUCUACACGAUUUACAGAAACGCCAGUAAGGUCAUAGAGGAGAAAAAGCUACCUGCAGAACCCUUAAAGAACGUUGUCGUACUCAGCACAUUGGGAGCUUCUGAAGUAUACCCAGUUGAUCAUAUUCAAGUUGAACCCGAAGUUGGAGGAGAUAUUGUGAAUGAAGAUGCCAAAGAGAAUGAACAAAUAGAGGAGCCAGGGAAACCUGAGAAAGCCUUGGAAGUAAUUUCAAAGGAGGGAGUCCAAAAAAUCGAAUUAUGUGCAGCUGUUUAAUUACCACCUACUUCUCACACACCGAAACAGCUUUGUCUUCUUCCCUUUCUAGUUAAUUUUGCACUGCAUCUGUAUGCAUGAAUAGAAAAUGAAAGCUGAAUCAAGCUAUCCUCGUAAUUGUCCUUUGUUUCGCUCAGUAACCUUGUUAUGUGAAUCUUCUCAUAUAUGACAAAUACAGUCACUGUCCCAGUCCAGUUAGUUUUUAUGUACCUGUUCAGCUUCAGUAUCUUAAUAUAUGUCGCCGCUUGCAAGA